AUGACUAAAGUGCGGGGGACUUCGCGAAAGUUGGUACUGCAAUGUCGUGAACCGGACCAGUGUAGUGUCACGGAGCUUGCCCUGCCCGCCUGCUCCACGCUGCUAACCUCCGAUGAGGUGCACGACAACACUACUAGCCACGGGGAUGCGCGGCGGCUGUCAUCGUCGUCGUCGUCGAUGAAGCAACGGAAUGAUGUUCCCCAGUGCAGCACAAUGCCGCCUACGGACUGCCAAUCGGUGUCUGCGGCGUCGGACCUCUGGUGGCCAGAAAUGGUAGCAACAACUAGUGAGGCCGUGGUACCUCCUGCCGGAACUGGUGAUGGAAGUGGUACCAGCAGGUUCCAACGAUGGUGCCGACAGCCUCGGCGGACUGGAGUCACCGGCAGCGGGCUGUGGCGUAGCCUCUUCCAGCAACAGUUAGUGCUAGUGUUAACGAUAGUAGUAUUAGUAUUCAGCGGUAUCGAUUCCGUGGUUCACUGUGAUGAGAACGUGACGGGUGGUGGAGUCGUGAGUGAAAGUGUGCGUGGCUCGAAAGCAGGUGUCAGCGACGACGACGAUGAAGGCGAGACGUCAUUCGCUGUCAACGUCAUCGACGAUGGGCUCGACGGUGCCAGCCAUUUCACCCAUCACUGGGCUGUGCACAUACCGGACGGUGAUGGUUCGGAUCUGGCCGAUCGGGUGGCCGCAGAGCACGGGUUCAUCAAUCGUGGCAAGAUUUUUCACGACCACUAUCACUUCGAGCACGGCCGGCUGCACAAACGCUCGCUGAGCCCCUCGAAGCCUCACCAGCGGCGGCUGGAGACUGAUCAGCGCGUACGAUGGGCCCGGCAGCAGCGGGCCAAAUCGCGCCAGAAGCGGGACUAUCGCCCGCUAGGGAAGCUCCCGUACCAGCUGUCCUUUCUGCUGAACGAUCCGAAGUGGCCCGAAAUGUGGUACCUGAACCGGGGCAACGGACUGGACAUGAACGUGAUUCCGGCGUGGAAGGAGGGCGUUACGGGGAAGGGUGUCGUGGUGACGAUUCUGGACGACGGGCUGGAAUCGGAUCAUCCCGAUCUGGAGCACAACUACGAUCCGAAAGCCUCGUACGAUGUGAACAGCUCCGACAACGAUCCGAUGCCACACUACGACCUGACCGACUCGAACCGCCACGGAACGCGGUGCGCCGGGGAGGUGGCGGCCACGGCCAACAACUCCAAGUGCGCCGUCGGCAUCGCGUUCGGGGCCCGCGUCGGCGGGGUGCGUAUGCUGGACGGCGACGUGACCGACAUCGUGGAGGCCCGGUCGCUGGGCUACAACUCGCAGCACAUCGACAUCUACAGCGCAUCCUGGGGACCGGACGAUGACGGCAAAACGGUGGACGGGCCGGGUGAGCUGGCGACGCGCGCCUUCAUCGAGGGCGUCCGCAACGGGCGGGGCGGCAAGGGCUCCAUUUUCAUCUGGGCCUCGGGCAACGGUGGCCGCGAGCACGACAACUGCAACUGCGACGGCUACACCAACUCCAUCUGGACGCUCUCGAUAUCGUCCGCCUCGCAGGAGGGUCUGGUGCCUUGGUUUUCGGAAAUGUGCAGCUCGACGCUGGCCACGACGUACAGCAGCGGAAACACCAACGAGAAGCAGGUGAUCACCACGGACCUGCACCACACCUGCACGUCGUCCCACACGGGCACCUCAGCGUCCGCUCCGCUCGCGGCCGGCAUAGCCGCGCUGGUGCUGGAAGCGAACCGGAAUCUGACCUGGCGCGACCUGCAGCACAUCGUCGUCCGCACGGCCAAGCCCGGCAAUCUGAGCGAUCCGAACUGGUCGGUGAACGGUGUCGGCCGGCGGGUGUCCCACUCGUUCGGCUACGGGCUGAUGGAUGCGGCCGCCAUGGUCCGGGUGGCACGCAACUGGAAAACCGUCCCGGAGCAGCAGGUCUGCGAGAUCAACGCACGGCAUCUGGACAAACAAAUACCUCCUCGCACCAAAGUCACGCUACAGCUAAUCGUGGAGCACUGCAUGGGCGUCAACUAUCUGGAGCACGUGCAGGCCAAAAUCACACUUACCUCGCAGCGGCGCGGCGAUAUCCAGAUCUUCCUGACGUCACCAUCGGGCACGCGGGUCACGCUGCUCACGCCGAGAUCGCACGAUUUGUCUCGGUCCGGGUUCAAUCAGUGGCCGUUUAUGUCGGUGCACACGUGGGGUGAAGCGCCCCACGGUACCUGGCAGCUGGAGAUCCAUAAUGAAGGCCGUUUGUUAGGAUACUCGGUGAUACGCGGUUGGUCGUUGCUGCUGUACGGCACGAGCGUACCGCCCGACCCGACCGAUCCACCGAAUGUGCCGAGAGCCUUCUCGACACCUCCACCACCGUUGCCCCCGAUUCUGCCACCGUCCGGUUUCAACAGUUACACCGUCAGUGGGGCCUCGAAGAACUACUACUCGUCCGCCGUCGGUGGCACGUCCGUCGUCUCCUCGUCUUCCCCAUCGUCUUCAUCGGCCGCCGGUGCAAAACCGAACCGCAAACAGCAACAGCAGCAGCUCCAGUACCCGGGCCAGUACGGCGCUGGGCCAGUCGGACCCGGAACGUCCUCGAUUACCGUGCAGUACGGCAUGACACCGGCUUACGGCAGUAGUAACAGCAACAGUAACCGUGGCAAGGGCAAGAACAACAAGAAUAAAUCGAACAAAAACUCCUCGAAAGCAACAACUGCACGGCCGUCCUCGCCGGGGGCGGUGGACGGCAACAGCCAUCAGCAACAGCAAUCGCCACAAUCGAGUAUGAACAUGUACCUCAACAAUUAUGGGCCAGCCAACGGUGCGGGGCGAAAAAAUCCUUCCUCCACGAAGCAGAAGCCACCUCUGCCGCCGCCGCUGCAGGCCAUAAGCUACGGCAAAGGAGACAAGUACCACGCGGCCAGCUCCAGCCUGCAGGACAAACAGAUUGCCAUCAAGGCCCCGAAGCAGGUGAAGCAACCGAGCGGCGGCGGGUACGGCUCGACCUCAAAGUCAUCCUCACCGGGUGGCUCCCCGUCGUCGCUGGGUGGCACAGGAAGAAAAACCGCAACCACUUCCGCUGACCUGGCCUCCGCAGGUGCCGUUGGUAGCACCGCGGGCGUCGGAUUAACCACACUGUCAUCUUCGACUACCGUGCACCAGCCGGCACCACCGGCGCCACCGGUCACGCCCGUUAGCCCGUCGUUUAACGACCGCUACCCAGCGGCGUCCUCCAUCAACGCACGCAUCCCGAAGGUGUUCCAACAGUACGACAAAGUACAGCAGUUCUAUCCGGAGCUCCUGCCGUACUCGUCGGUGCGCGAUGAGCAUCCGCUCCCGCCGCCACUGGUGGUGAAGCUGCCCAAUCCAGCAGCCCCUGCGGCCACCGGUAACGUCCAAUCGGUUGCCAGUAAAUCCCCGGGAGGGGGGCCAUCAUCGAAACAGUCGGGCGGAACGGCAGGCUUCAUACUGCCGGUGGCCCCGGUCGCCUCGCUGGGCAAACCGUCGCGGGCGAACGCCAAAAUCUUCUUCCCCGAUUCCGACAUCAUCGACGCGAUCCCGCGCAAGAUCUCGUCCAGCCUGCAACCGAUGCCGCCGUCGUACGUGUCGUCGCCGUACCUGCCGAGCCGCACGCAGAGCUCCUUCAUCUCGUCCUCCAACGACCAGCGACACGGCAAGGCACAAAUCACCCAGUGGGACCUCAUCUUCUACGGCACGGAAACGCCCGUCCAACCGAACGAUCCGGUCCGCUUCGGGAAGCCAGGCUACGACAGUAACUUUGGUGGCGAGAUGGAGCAUAACGCGCUGGAGUUUGACAGUGGCGUCACCAGUGAUCAGUGGAGGGAUAUGCAGCAGAUUGGCGAGGGACACGGCGAGGUCCAGCGGACGGCUUCGAAUGACGUGACGGCAGUAUCCUGCGCCCGCUUCGUCGACGCGGCCAGCUGCAUAGCUUGCAAGCCCCAGUCGUACCUGUACAAAGGACGCUGCUACCUUCGGUGUCCUCCAGGGACGUUUUCUUCCGUGCCACCACAACAACCGAGCGCCGCGGACGACGAUGAGAGGCCAACGAACAUCCAGCAACAACCGCUGCCGGCGACUUCUCUACGCAAACGACGCCGCCAACAACAGCCGCAACAGGUGUUCGACGAAGCUUCGCCGUUCCAGGCGAUUGGGAAGGAAGCUUCCGCUUCCCCAUCGAAUCGAUCUUCCGACGCGGCCGACUGCCUCCAGUGCCAUACCACGUGCCUCAAGUGUUCCGGUCCCGGGCCAACCGAGUGUGUCGAGUGUCAGGCAGCUUUUCGCUUCGAGCCAGCGGCGAACGGAACGCGGAACGGCAGCAACGCGAUCUGUGUGUCAAUCAACGCAAAACGUCCAUCGUCGGCCGAAAGUGGCGGCCGUCUGAAAGGACUCGUGCGACCGGGAACUUCGCCGCCGGCGGCCACAUCACCUGAUGCCGGAGCGAGCAGCGGCAAGCCGUCAUCCUACUUUGUGCCGCUCCUCUUCCUGGGGCUGGUGCUGACCGGAGCCUUCGGUGUAAUUUACUUGCUGUGGCUCCGCUGCUUCCAAGGAUCACCCGGCGGGGGUAGCAGCAUGCUCGAGGAGCUCACCAGUGCGGCCGACGGUGGUAGCUCCGGGUUGGCCAGCAUACGUUACGAUCGCGUGCAAACCAACGAGGACGAUGACGAUGACAACGAACAGGAGGUGGACAGUGGGGCCAGCAGCGGGGACGACGAUAUGUUUUCCAUUUCCACGGAAAUCAUUGCACCGAUCGAGCGGUAGAUCGGUAACGGGGCCAGUAAACUUGAGCCAACGACGAACAUUGUGAACACAUUUUAGGGGCAGCUAGUAGUUUUUUGAAGAAGCAAUAUCCGCAUUAACACUGUAUGUUGA